CCUGUGACUUCCACCCAAACCCUCUUCAGAACUCCGUUCAUCUCCAACUGGUCUGCACUCUCUUCCUCCUCCCUUUCCCCAUUUUCCCUUCUCCAUAAAUGGCUUCCCUUCCCUCCACCACCAUCUUCAAUCCCACUUAUGGCUUCUUCUUCCGGCCGCCACCCCGUCUACCGAGGCGUUCGCCGUCGCAACACCGGCAAAUGGGUCUCCGAAAUUCGCGAGCCGAGGAAGCCCAACCGUAUUUGGUUGGGAACUUUCCCGACCGCCGAAAUGGCUGCUGUCGCUUAUGACGUUGCCGCCCUUGCUCUCAAGGGCCAAGACGCCGAGCUUAAUUUCCCUAAUUCUGCCUCGUCUCUCCCCGUCCCUGCAUCUCGGUCACCGUCUGAUAUUCAGGCAGCGGCUGCAUCUGCUGCCGCUGCUCUUGGAGCCGCUGCGGCAGCCAUUGAGGCACGGAAUAAUAGCGGUUCUUAUCGUGGAACUAAUUCGAGCGACAUCGUGUAUGGAGGAAGAUAUGGUCAAGAUGGAUUGGGAAAUCAGUUCAUGGAUGAGGACUUGAUAUUUGAUAUGCCUAAUGUUCUAAUGAAUAUGGCGGAAGGAAUGCUUCUUAGCCCUCCUCGUUUCAACAUCCAUGGCGGAGACGACGACCACGAUGACGGCGCUGACCAAAAUCUUUGGAAUUUUCCCUAA